CCCUUUCCCCUCCCUCUCCCCCACACGCAUGCAUACGGACCGACAGGCUACGCGACCCCCCUCCUCCCCUCCUCCAUCAUUUUCCCAUCUCUUACUCACUCUCUUUCCCUACAACAAACAUGGCCGCGAAAUCUGAUGGUGCUCCCGUCUCUCUACGGAACGAAAUCCCACCCGAGUGUCCUUCCAGGUCGGACCCGCGGCCUCCGGAGCGUCGUCCCGGCGAGCAGCGCUACUCUCUCCAGGACUGCUGCUGGACGCUCUGCGCCCUUUUGGUUUUCUUCUCAGACGGGGCCUCAGACCUGUGGCUGGCCGCGGACUACUACCUAAGGAGGGACUUCUGGUGGUUUGCACUGACUCUGGUCUUUGUGAUAGUCCCGUCCGUGGUGGUGCAAGUGUUGAGUUUCCGAUGGUUCGCGUACGAUUUCGCGGAAACCGUCGAGAGCGGCACGGCCGCGGCCGCCGUGGUGGCGGCGACGGGAGCGGAGGAGAGCGACUUCAGCACCAAGGACAGCGGCGAGCGGGGCGCUGGCCGCACUGCCGCGGCCGGGGUGCUGCCAGGGCCGGGCACCGGGGGUGGAGCCCGGGGCUGCUGCAGAGCCUUCAUGUGGCUCUUCCAGGGUUUUAUUCACAUAUUUCAGCUGGCACAGGUCUGGAGGUACGUCCACGCCCUGUACCUGGGCGUGCAGAGCCGCUGGCACCGGGACCCCAAGCGCCGCCACUACUACUGGCGCAUGAUGUUCGAGAGCGCCGACAUCAGCAUGCUGCGCCUGCUGGAGUCCUUCCUGAAGAGCGCCCCCCAGCUGGUGCUGCAGCUCAGCAUCAUGAUCCAGGCCAGCCAGGUGCUGCCCCUGCAGGGGCUUUCAGCUUCCGCUUCGCUGAUAUCCCUUGCUUGGAUGAUCUCCUCCUAUCAGAAAGUCCUGAGGGACUCCAGAGAUGAUAAGCUACCCAUGACCUACAAGGCUGUCAUAGUUCAGAUCCUGUGGCACCUGUUCACCAUAGGAGCCCGCACCCUCGCCUUCGCCCUGUUCGCCUCCGUGUUCCAGCUUUACUUCGGCAUCUUCAUCGUGGCCCACUGGUGCAUCAUGACCUUCUGGAUCAUCCAGGGCGAAACGGACUUCUGCAUGUCCAAGUGGGAGGAGAUCAUCUAUAACAUGAUGGUGGGCAUCGUGUACGUUUUCUGCUGGUUCAGCGUGAGAGAGGGCCGCACCCGCUGCCGGAUGCUCAUCUACAGCCUCACUGUGUUUGCUGAGAACGUGGCUCUCACCACCGCCUGGUACGUGUACCGGGGCCCUCGUACCUCGGACUUCUACGCCGUCAUCAUGGUGUGCUUGGUGGCCAGCAGCUACGCUCUGGGAACCUUCUUCAUGUUUGUGUACUACUGUCUGCUGCACCCCGACGGCCCCGUCUCAGGGUGGGGCUAUAUAGUGGAGAAGGAGGUGCCGGUGGAGACGCUGGCCUCCCCGGCCUCCAGCCUCCCCCCUGACCUGGUGAGCAGCCCCCCCAGGACCCUUCAGAGAACUAAAGGGCCCGAGAGGGAGCACGGGCUUGGGGUGGACGGAGACGUGUUCAAGGUCCGACCGUCUCGGGGAGCUCAGGCCCCAGUUCCCCCUCUCACCCCCAGGACAGAGGGGCCCGUCAUCCGAAUAGACUUGCCCAGGAAGAAGUAUCCCGCCUGGGACGCUCACUUCAUCGACCGUCGGCUGCGCAAAACCAUCCUGGUGCUCGAAAGCGCCGCCCCGGUCACGCCAAGGAUUCAGUACCGCUGCCUGGGGACCCCCAAAGAGGUGAUGGAGUACGAGACCACCGUGUGAUGCGCUGCGGCUGCUGUGGCUCCGCUCACGGCCGCGUGGACGUCCCGCCUUAAAUAAAACGGCAGGAGGGUGACUCUCACUCAGCCGUCCGGUGCAGAUUCCUAUACUGUCAGACAGCAGAGCCGAGCAGGCGAAGAAAGAGACGGCGUCUUUGUGAUGUUGUCCUGUGAUAUUUUGGUUUCUGUAUCACUCCUCAGGUCAAGACGAGGUACAGGAGGACGUUCAGACAUAGAGAAGAGCACAGGCAGGCGGAGAAGUGGAGCUGUACAGUGAUCAAUCAGAGGCCCUCGGUCCUCGGUGAAGGUGCUUCAGCCAUCGUUCGAUGUGUUUCGCGACAGAGGAGUCAACAUGUAUGAUUAUUUAUGGCAGCUAGAACUCAAACAUCCCUGAACGAGACGUAGAGGAGUCACAGGAAAAGGCUUUAAUAGGAUAAACACAGUCUACAAUUAAUACAAGGCAAAUACUGAUGGUUUUUGUUUCCAAAGCUUUUCACUCGUGUCGAACGGGUCUCUGGAAAUGCUGCUUCAAAUCAGAAGGGCAGAUGAAAAGCAUUGUUUGAGCUGAAUGUAAAAACAGUUGAGUAUGUGAUUAUUCGUGACGAGGCUUCACGCUGUGGGAUUUACAACAUUCCUGUGGUACUAUGUUUGUUUUUUAAGUACGCUAGAACAAAAAAGAGAUUUGUGUGUAUUUACAAGCAAUCUGUUGUUUUCGGGACAUGUCAUCACUUUGAGUCUAAUAAAACGCGCCAUCCUCCAAAAUGUGUAUGUACUCAACGAUAGCAUUAUGAUUUCCAUUAUAUCUGCAGGAUCGAUUUAUGGGAUGGGACUUUCUGCAGCUGUAUUUUCAUACUGCAUCCACCUCCAACAGCAAAGGCAGCACACAGAUAUUAAUAUCCAUGUAAAUCUAGCUGUACAAUGAAGUCUGCAGUACAGAGGGAGAGCACUGGAUGCUGGAUUCAUUGUCUCUUGUCUGUAUGAAAGAAAAAUGCUGCAGAUUUUGGAUUCCUGAACAAAAAAACGUUGCUAAAACUGAUGGUGCAGGAAAUAAUCAACUGGGUUGACUUUGUUCAGCUGAUAUGCUGAUGAUCCACAUCCACAAGAAUAAGCAAUGAAAAAAAAUCUGUUAAUUAGCCGGUCUGAUAAUCAAUUAAUUGUUUAAAACUGUUUUGGGUAAAUAUUUUGAAAAAAAUGCCAAAUAUGUUGAUUUUCUUUUAAAUCGUCAUGUGUAUUGCAGUUUGAACAGCAAAUCCAAAUAAGUCAAAUGAUUUAUUCAGCAAUUAAGAAUAUUAUUAGCCUCAACCCUAAUUACAAUAAUAAAUUGGUAGCUGUACAAAGAUAGUUACCAUUUGUUGUAUUUUAGUGUAAUUAUUGUCUAAUUACAAAAGUAUUUGCCAUUUAAUUUCUGAAGCUAUAAAAUUAAGAGUAAGCACACUUUGUUUUAUAUAGACUAGUCAGGAGAAACCAUGUGGAUCGGUGUGUGUGCAUGUGGGUGUGUGAGUUCACAUACCAGCAUGUUUAAGUGUAGGAUGGGCAGUCUUGCCAUAGAAUGUCCACACAAUUCAUGUUAAAAUAUCUCAUCCAAGAAAUGACAGCUUUGUUGUAAACACUGUCCUUCUUUGCUCAUUUCUCAUCAGAAAAAAAACAACCAAGUCACAGAGCACCUCCAUCAUUCUGAUGCUGGUGCUGAGCGUUUGAGUCCAUCAUUUACCAACCCCACAGUUUACCAUGAAAUCAGCUUGUUGUGGCAGGAGUUGAACGGGGCUGUACCUCAAACAAACAUACACAAAGCUAGAAUCAAAAAGCCUUAAACUGGUCAUGCCAGAGUGGUGAGAGAACAGACAAUAACUGGAAGGUGGAAAUGAUUUCAUUGUGUUGUUAUUGCUGUAAUAAAGAGCAAUGUGUUGACCUGA